AUAAGUUGUUCUAGCAUUCUUUUUCCCUUUUUGUUUACAAUUUGCCGACCUUUGAUUAUUUUAUCCCUCAACCUUACACCUUAAAAUUCCAUUCUCAUUUCUCCAUCUUUCUUGCUUUUCAGAAAAAGAGAAAAAACACCCACCAUUUCUCAUCAUUCUCUCUCCAAAACCCAUAUAUUUUUUCUUCCAUACAAUCAAACCCAUAAAUUAUUUUCUCCAAACAAUCAAAACAUAUAAUCUUUUUUCUUCAAACAAUCAAACCCAAACAAAAUUAUGGCACAAAAUAGAGAAAUAGAUGAAACCUUGGACCUAAAAGUUCCAGCUGAAACAACCCUUUCUCUUUCAUGCCCAGAUAAUUGCAAAAACAUCUCAUCUUCUACAAGGCCCGAUAUGGGUCGAGUAGAUCCGGGACCAUCUGAGGUGGUCCGACCCAGAUCAAAGAGACAAGCGGAGGAUCAACCUAUUCCCGAGGCAGCAACAACACAGAAAGAUGGUCAGAAUCCAACGGUUGAGAUGUCGUCACUACCUGUAAAAAAAUCGGUCAAUAGGUGUUCUGGAUGUGCAAAACGUGUCGGGCUAACCGGGUUUCGGUGUAGAUGUGGAGAUCUGUUUUGUGCAGAGCACAGGUAUUCAGAUCGACAUGAUUGCAGUUAUGAUUAUAAAUCAGCUGGUAGAGAAGCCAUUGCAAGGGAGAAUCCUGUUGUUAGAGCUGCUAAGAUCUUGAAGGUGUAGAAAUUAAUUGAAAUUUUAGUCAAAGGAGAGAGAAAAUUUGAAAUGGGUUUUUCCGGGUUCGGGCUUUGAUGAUGGGUUUGGUUUUUGAUGGUGGGGGAUAAGGUGAGAUGAUGGGUGGGUGGUGGAAAAUAGGGGUAUUAUUGUCAUUUCAAGAUUGUUGUGACUUGUUUUGUACUCUUAUUAAUUAUUUGUUUUUCUUUUUUUUACUUAAAGAAAAAAAGUAAAAAUUUUAAAAAUUUUUAAUUUUAGUGAUUUUUCUAUAGUAGAGUAAUUUAACCAUUAAACUAAUGGAUUAAGUAGUAUUGUUUGUUACUUGUAAUCUGAUAAAAAGAAAACUUAUUGAGUGCCUAAUUAUGGUCAUCAUUCAUUAUUCAAUUCAAUUACAACCCUUUGCCUACCAAAUCAAUUGGCAAAUUAUAGGUGUUAUUGGAGUUGGUUUUAUUUUUUAUAAAUGUUGAUGAGUAUUGAAGUAUCAAAUAUUUGUAAAAAAAAUACCAUCAAAUUAAUAAUAUUCUCAAAAUUAUUUAAAUAUUAAUUUAAAAAUUAUACUCUAUUUGUCUUUUUGUUUAGAGUAUUUUAAUUUAGAGAGAGAAAUUUAAUAGAUUUUUAAGAUAUAUAUUAUAGAGGGUAAAAUAUAUUUCUUGAUGCGUAUUUAGAGAUAUUAAGAUUUAAAAUUUAAUUUAAAAAUUGUGUAAAAGGUAAUUAAAAAUAAAAAUAUAAGAGAGUAAUUCAACUCUAUUUCAUCAAGUUAGGUGCAAGUGUGUGACAUAUGUAUUGUGAGCCCAUCCAAGGA